UCGCUGGACGGCAGACGUAUUGCAACGAGCUCCGACGAUACGACUGUCAUCAUUUGGGAUGCUGGCCACCAGGAGCAUCUCUGGCGAUAUGUAGGGGCCAUAAGUACCGGGUUGUCUCUGUCGCCUUUCUCUCCCAGCGGAGAACGUGUCGCGUCCGGAGGCUAUGACAAUCUCGUUCUGGUGUGGAAUGCAGACGGAGGGAGACUGACUCAGGAGCUGGAGGGGCACGCCUACCCGGCGUGGUCGGUUGCCUUUGCUCCCGCCGGGGACGUCAUCAUUUCCUCCCAGUCGUUCAACACCAUGCGACUCUGGGACGCUGAAUCAGGAGCCUGUCUCCUCGUCCUCGACCCACAUACCUGGUACCGCACCCUGCACCUGUCCCCCGACGGCUCCGGAGUCCUGGUCGACGACAACAACCGACUUGUCCAGCUGUGG